AUGCUUGGUUUAGAAACCGAUUCAACCAUGACCUUAGUUAAACAUGAAGUUGAGGUUAACAAUCAGAGUGCAGUGAUUGAAAGGAAAAAACGAGUUUGGCAGGAAAUUCCAUGUUCAAUAAAAUCAGAAGCCAAUGCGAACUCGGUUGCAUCUUGCAAAGCGGAUGGAGCGGGCUUGAAGAUUGUUAACUACGGAAGACAAGAAAUGGGUUUUAGGAAUUGGUCUCGACAUUCUCGAAACAAGAGAAGGAAUAGAAGGAUGCCAAAUGAUGGAGCGUGGCAAGAGCCUGCCAGGCCGAAAACUGAAGUAACUGAAGAGGAGAAAGAAAUUAGGAAGAGAUCGUUAAUUGCCAAUCAAGUGGAUACAAGCUUUUUAGUGCCCCAACCUCAACAGAUUAAUCAACAACAACAACACCAACAACAAGAUCUCAAUUCGACUGAGCAAGACCAAUCAAAGACAGGAGAGAGUGAUGCGGCACAGAUGUCUCAAGCACCUAAUCAGGAGGAGAUUGAAAAACCACCGGAUAAUGUACAACAACCAUCAUUUACAAAUGUGAUCGUGUGGAAUAGUGUUGGUUUGGGCUUUGAGCCUACUUAUGCACCUGUUGGAUAUUUCCCAGUGAUUGCACAACAGCUGGAUGGAAUUGGAAUUAUUAAUCGAAAUCUCCCCAUCUCUAUGAAUCAAGAAGACAUUUGUUUAUCGAAUGAACUCAGAUACGAAUCCAUGCGUGUGCCAUUGAGUGAAUUGGCGGAAAAGAUUAAGGAAAACCCGGACAAGGUGCGCGCGCCAAAAUGGUUUAAAGAAGACAAGGCAGUGAGGAGUGCCAUAGCUCCUUGCGUUUUGCCAACUUCUACUCAUGAUGAAGUGGUCAACGCACCUCUUGAUAGAAUUGUUUACAUUGGCGACGAAAUCUACCUCUGUUUGGAGAGAGGAACGAAUAUGCCUUUUUUGUGGUUCUCUAAUAGAGCAGCUUACAUCAGACACCAUGUGAGAUAUUACUUCUCAAAGUCGAACCUAUUAGAGGAUAGUUACCUUAGAGAUCUGUUUGACGCGAAUGAAGGUGUAUGUCCAUUUGAGAAACUAAUUGAGUUCAAUCGGUUGAAAAUGGUGAAGACUCAGGUGGAUGAUCUGAUGGCCUACGCUUGUUUGAUUGAGAACGUCGAAUUUGCCGUGGACAGUUCUUCAAGUCCAAUUGGCUACAGGUUAACCAUUCCCUUACCAGAACGCGAAAUAAAAAAUGCCCCUAAAGCUGAUGAUGGCGUAAGCUCGACUGAAAUAACUGACGCAAAUUUCGUUGGUUGUCCUGAAGAUUCAUGUCCAACUGCCAAUUCCGACAAUAUUUCUUCUUCUAAUGACCCUUCUAAUUUUCCGCCAGGUGUGUCUAAUGUGUCUCAAUGUCCUGCGGAAAAUGUUGUGGACACUUCAAACGAGGAAAUUAACUACGAUUUUCUACGGACUCACCGUCCACUUCCCAUUAUAGAUCCAAUUACUGGAGAGCAAAUUUUGCCUGAAAAUGUUUCCAUUUAA